AACGCUGGAACACUGGAACAGUGACAUAACAACAGACCAGAAUCAACAUAUCGAUUCCCCCCACGACAACAAUCGAUCCAGGUCACCACAUUGACCAGCAGCAGCCUCCUUACGCCCCUCCGCAGACUGCUGCUAUGUCUUCAGCAAGCCCCAGACCCCGUCUGGAGCAUCAGAACACAGCCGAUAUCAUCGAGCACAACUAUUUCAACGAGAACCAACGCCCCGCUGCGUUGGAAAAGCACACCGCUCUAGCCAGGGACUUCAUCAAUCUCCAUGCUGCGGCUGGCCGGCGCGUGGUCCUGGUCACCUCUGGCGGCACAACCGUCCCGCUCGAGCGGCAGACGGUUAGGUUCAUAGACAACUUCAGUGCCGGCACACGAGGGGCGACAUCAGCAGAGUAUUUCCUCGAGAAGGGAUACGCGGUGAUAUUCCUGCACCGGCAAUUCAGCCUGCUGCCGUACUCGCGCCAUUACAGCCACGCCACCGACUGCUUCCUGGACUUUCUACACGAGGGACCCAACGGCAGCGUCGUGGCCAACGAGGAAUACCGCGAGAAGAUGCUCAAGGUGCUGCGCCAGUACACCUCCGCAAAGCGCGAGCGCCUGCUCCUAACCCUCCCCUUCACCACCAUCAAUGACUACCUGUUCGUCCUGCGCGCCGUCUCGCAGCUGAUGAGGCCCCUGGGCCCGUCCGGCCUGCUCUACCUCGCCGCCGCCGUGUCCGACUUCUUCGUCCCGCCCGAGCGCAUGGUCGAGCACAAGAUCCAGUCCACGAACGCGGUCGAUACGCCGACCGAGAGGGACGCAGAAGCCGCGGCCGAGAACGAGAAGGGGAGCGAGGAGGAGGCCUUCGACAACUUCGACUCCUCGCCAUCGGUCCCGCGCAGCAAGCGCCUGAUCAUCGACCUCGAUCCGGUGCCUAAGUUCCUCAAGAACCUAGUCGAUGGCUGGGCGCCUGAGGGCAUGAUCGUCUCUUUCAAGCUGGAGACCGACCCGGCGAUCCUCGUGCACAAGGCCCGCUACUCGCUGGAGCGCUACCAGCACCACCUCGUCAUCGGGAACCUACUCUCGACGCGCAAGUGGGAGGUCGUGUUCGUAGCGCCAGGCCAGAAGGAUCGCUGGAUCCGCGUCCCUCAGCACCGGAGGAAAAAGACGGCCAGCACUGUGGGGACCAGCGUUCCUGUCGUAGGACCGAGCGAGGACGAGAAGCCGCUGGAUCCUAAGGAUCUCCCGGAAGGCGAGCCGGAGAUCGAGAUCGAGAGCCUGAUCAUCCCGGCCGUCGAGGAGUUGCACACGAGUCAUAUCAAGAACUUCGUGAAGAGACAGUCACCGUGAAACGGCUACUGUCCAAUUUCAUGAGUAAGUCUACGCAUUAGGGGUGGGGCGAAGAUCAUCGUCAUAAUGCUGCCGGCGGUUCCUCUGAUCACCAUGGAGCCGCUUCAGAAUAGAAG